GAGUAGUAACGAAUAAAAAAGAAAGAAACGAAAAAGAGAGAAUCCCAUUUAUUAUGGCGCACUCGCCACAUGUCUCUUCCCCUACACACUCUCUCCUUCUCUAUUCAUAGCAACAACAACAACAACAGCAGAAACAAGAACACGAAACAAUGGCUAGUGCGUGGGUGAAAUCGCUACACUGCAAGUCAAGAGCAUUUGAAGACGUGUUCCACCCCAACCCAAAAUUCUCAGCUAGUUGCAGAAAAAGUGUUCAAAGCAUCAAAGACAUGGUCGACAUACCCAAGCCCAAGCCCAGGCCCAAACCCAAGCCCAGAAAAUCAAAGCCUACAUUGGAAAAACACCCAAGUUCAAAAUACCCAUCAACAACAAUCACAAACCCCGAUUUCCAAACAGAAACCCCCACCAUAAACCGCUCACGCAGCACCACCACCACCACCGCCACCGCAACGACCUCUUCUUCCCGUGCCGUCACUGAGCUUCCCGAGGGGCAUCCUUCCCGCAACGUGGUCGAUAUCAUCUUUCACAGUAGUUGGGGCCCGAAGCAGUUCCCGGGUCGGGUCGAGAUGGUGUUCAAGGUCCAGAAUAGUGCGCGGACAGUUUCACGGUUUGACGAGUUUCGCGAGGCGGUGCAGGCGCGCGCGGCCGCUGAGCUCGACGGAGGGAACAAUUUCGAGGAGAACGCGCGGUGUGUCGCUGACGGGAAUGAAGUGAUGCGGUUUCACUGUUUGGGUGCCUACGGCGGCGUUGAUGGUGGAUGUUCGUGGUCGUUUCCGGAGCGUAACGGGUCGGCGAUCUGCACGUUUGCUGGUAGCGGCGACGCGCAUGAGAGUACUGGCGGUGGAAGGGGGAGGAGGGCGAUGCUGGUGUGUCGGGUCAUAGCGGGUCGGGUCUCGAAGCAGAUCGGGUUUCUGGACUCGCUGUUGGAUAAGCGAGUCGGGUUUGACUCAGUGAGUGGUGACAACGGCGAGUUGUUUGUUUUUGACCCGCGUGCGGUAUUGCCCUGUUUUCUUAUUGUUUACAGGUUGUAAAAAAAUGGAAAGUGUUUUUUUUUUUAAUAUUUUUUUUUACGUUUCUCUAAUUUUUUUGAAACUUCUGAUUUAUUUUUCGUUGGAGUUUUUUGUGGCACAUAUGAGCAUGCAUUUAUCUACGCAAUUUUUUCAGCUUUUGUUAACACUUAAAAUGUCUUAUGUAAUGUAAUUAUGAUGAAAAUUGAGUUGAUAAAUGCUCGCUUGAAAUUCUCUA